AGCAACACCACGUUGUGAUUUACUUGAAACUCAUGCGUGGGCCUUACUUGCUUCCGGGGAUUCACUAGCAGGUAGUGACAAGUCAACUAAAAGCAUGGUCUGAAAAAAUACAAACAUAGGAUACCGGUAUCUUUGUUGUUGUUGCUAGAUCUAGAUAAGGCUAACUAGCCUUUAAGUCCCUUGUGGAAAACAUCCUGUCUCAAGUCUUAUUAACUUGAACGAGGGCCACUCAAAACAUACUUAAAGAUUAGGUACCAACUUAUUUCUUUAGAGGAUUAAAUAAAUCUUUUCACAGUCAAAAUGGAGGACCCUAUGCCAAAAGAAUCGUCGGCUAAGAAGUUAGACUUGGAAAAAGAACCCAUGGUUGAGAAACUGGAAAUCGAAGGCGCCAAAGAAGAAGGCAUCGUUCUCAAGCAGAAUCUAUCUCUCAUCAAUGGAAUAACAGUCAUUGUCGGCAGCAUCAUCGGCUCAGGCAUUUUCGUCAGUCCUAAAGGAGUCCUUAAAGGAUCAGGCAGCGUUGGGAUGUCCCUAAUUGUUUGGCUCUUGUCGGGAGUCUACUCAAUGAUUGGAGCCUUCUGCUACUGUGAGCUUGGCACUUCGAUUGUGCGCUCUGGUGCAGAUUACGCUUACAUCUAUGAAGCUUUCGGCCCGUUUUUGGCUUUUCUCAGACUUUGGGUUGAGUGUAUGAUUGUCCGUCCAUGCUCCCAGGCUAUAGUCGCUCUCACGUUUGCGUAUUACGUGAUUGAGCCGCUGUUUCCUGACUGUGACCAACCAGAGGUACCUGUCAGACUGCUAGCCGUCGUCUGCAUAUUGAUUCUCACGUUUGUGAACUGUGCCAACGUGGGGUGGGCCACUAGGGUACAGGAUGUAUUCACCUACGCCAAGCUUGCGGCCCUGUGUCUAAUUAUAGUCACCGGAUUCGUGCAGUUGGGGAGAGGAGAGUAUGAACAUUUCCAAGAACCAUUUGCCAACACUGAGACCAAUAUAGGAGAGAUAUCUUUAGCUUUCUACUCAGGGCUGUUUGCUUACAAUGGGUGGAAUUACUUGAACUUUGUGAUUGAAGAGUUGAAAGACCCAUACAAAAAUCUACCAAAAGCCAUCUGGAUCUCCAUCAUCCUUGUCACAUGCGUCUACGUCAUGACCAAUGUUGCUUACUUCACCACCGUCAGUCCUGAUGAGAUCCUAGGUGGCGCUGCUGUCGCUGUGAUGUUUUCCAGACGUUUGUAUGGCAUUAUGUGGUGGAUUAUGCCUGUUUUUGUCUCCUUGUCCACCUUUGGAGGUGUCAACGGUAUCUUGUUCACAACAUCCAGAUUGUUCUAUGUGGGAGGACGUGAAGGACAUAUGCCCCAGAUCUUGAGUAUGGUUCAGAUUCAGAGAUUAACACCCAUGCCUGCAUGUUUGUUUAUGGGAGCCCUCUCACUGUGCUAUUUAGCAUCCUCUGAUAUCUAUGCUUUGAUCACCUAUGUUGGAUUUGCCACCUGGCUGUCCAUAGGUAUGGCAGUUGUUGUCCUCAUGUACCUCAGGUGGAAGAGACCAGAUAUGCCAAGACCUAUCAAGGUACACCUGAUCUGGCCCAUCAUCUACACCAUUGUAACAGUGUACCUGGUCAUAUUGCCUCUGUAUGCCAGUCCUGUUGAAACAUUUAUUGGCUUGGGUAUCAUAUGUACCGGCAUUCCUGUGUACAUCAUCUUCAUUGCUUGGACAUCUAAGCCCAAAAUUUUCACCAGAUAUAUGGACGGGAUGACAGUUUGGCUACAGAAAUUCCUGAUGGUUGUUCCGGAAGAAAAGAAAGUAGAUUAAACAUCAUAGGAAGUUUAGUAAUGAUUUUUUGUUCAGCUGUAAUAAGAGAAGAAUUAUUGACAAUUAGUUAAGUGAUUUUAGUGCCAGGUUUUGCAGUGACUAGAUCUAUAAGCAGAAAAACAAUAGCCUGUAAGGUUAUUCAGUGCAGUCAGUUUUAGAAGAAAAAUCUUUAAAACAAAUAAGCCUUAAGCCUGUGAAGGGGAAGUUUUAUUUAAUAGCUUUUUUUUUUAUGUCGAUUAGUUUUAAAUAACAACUAGCAUAAGGCAUUGUCAAUGGAAAUAUUUUUCUAUCAAGGUUCGUACUUGAAAAAUUUACAACCAAAGCAUGUGUUAACACUAAGUAAAAGAAUUUUUUAAAUGUAGAUUUAUUUUUAAAAAAUGUUUCAUAUGGACUAUUCACUAGUAAUAUUCUCAAGUAAUUUUAAGUAUUGCAUUAGUCUGACUUUUUAACAAAUUAUAUACAAGUAAUUCCAUUUGACUAUUCACUAGUAAUAUUCUCAAGUAAUUUUAAGUAUUGCAUUAGUCUGACUUUUUAACAAAUCAUAUACAAGUAAUUCCAUUUAAAUUAAGUUAAAGUGUGAUUCCUAAGAUACCUGAUGGCUAUAUUAGUAAUUGAAGAUGUUAUUCUUCAAAACAAAGAUACCAUCAGCUGACAAUUAUUGUUGGAAGGAAGGCUUCAUUUGUUGAUGCCACUGUUCCUCUGUGUGUUUAGUUCUCAGGAAAAAAAGAAUCAGAAUGUGUGUGUGAAAUGUGAUGAAAUUGUGCUGGGUGUGCGAAAUUUCUAUGUGCCCUUUUCAUGCAUGUUUAGUUGCAUAUUAGACAGACACUGGUGCCCUUUAUACAUUCUACAUCGAUCAUGAUUUAUGACUUUUCCCAUCUCCGCAUACAUAUUUAUAUAUACAUGAAUUGUCACACAUUUUAAUUUAUUUUUUUUAGUUUAGAUUGUUGUUUAAAAAUUCUGUUGAAUGCUGGUAAUUAUUCUACCACAUAUUAGGUAUUCAUUUUACAUUGUGUAGAUUUUUGCCACAUUACCUUUAAUUGUCCAGUAACAUAAAAUUUGCUUUUAGAGAUAUUUAUGAUAAAAUUUUAUUUAAAAUUAUAAUUUAUUACCAAACUGUCUAGUUUGUGAGCAAGUCAUUAUGUAAUGCUACGUGAUUUAACCUAGAAUAAUUUGAAUGUAAAUCCCUCAUUAUAUAAAUAUUUUAAUUACCAUGUGUGCAAGAUUGAAAAUUAAUUGAAUAUGUUGCAUUCAAAUGUUUAAUAUAAAUAUUUAUACAUUUUUUUGACAAAUAGUUCAUAUCUUUAAAGAAAAAUUCUAAUAAUUUUAUCAUUUUACAAGUUAUCAAUAUUGCUUUUUAAUUCAACUGUUUUAAUUACAUAAGGUUAAAUUUAUAAUUCUCAAUUUUUGAGUGUGUUCAGUGCAUUUCUCAUUUAUUUUUAAAAAAAAGUUUUUAUGGACACUAAGCAGUUUCAGACAUUAUUUUAUGGUCUGAAUCUUAUGGUUUUUACAUAAAUCAUUGUACAAUAAUAGCAUGACUAUAAUCAGUUCUGAAAAUUGUGUUUUUGGUUUUACAAAUCUCUGUUUUACCUUAUCUCGCAAGUUUUAUUUUGUUUUUAAAAUAGAUGUUGACUUACCCUCAUGCUCAGAUAUAUAAUACACCAAUUUUCUUCCUUUAAACUGACAGAAGUCUUUAAAUAUAUGAUUUAAUGACAUUUUUAUUUUCUUUCUUUAUUUUAAAUGAGAUAUUUCACUAGAUUUUUUAUGUCAGUCAUCCAUGUGUAUAUAGUGUGUUUUCUUUAACUUUUUAGGUAAAUGUUUGAUUCAGUUCUAGAUAAGCUUGAUGGCCCUGUAUAUUCUGAGUGGGUUAAGUUUAAACUAAGUUAUGGGAUUGUCACAAAUGAAUGUUGUUCUAUUCUGUACAUUAAAGGAAAUGAGAGAUCUUUUGGAUUUAAUUGUUUCAAAGUAAUUCUCAUGAACUCAGAGGGGGGAAAAUUCAUUCUAUGGGUUUAGUCAUAUCAUUACACUAAAAUGAAUUAGAUUUAAAUGGUAAUAAAUGUUUUGAAUGUGUAAACUUACAAGGUACUCUAAAGUGUUAAUGUCAUGGUUGUCGUGUACUGAAUGUCAAUUAUGCACUGUCAUUGAUGAUGAUCUGUAGUAAAAUUGUGUUCAUGGCA